AAGCAAAUGGGGAAUCUUUUCUGUUGUGUGCAAGUUGACCAAUCCACAGUGGCUAUCAAAGAAAGAUUUGGACGGUUUGAAGAAGUGCUUCAGCCAGGAUGCCAUUGCAUGCCAUGGAUCCUUGGAAAUCAACUUGCUGGUCAUCUCUCUCUUCGUAUACAGCAACUGGAUGUUCGUUGUGAGACUAAAACAAAGGAUAAUGUCUUUGUCAACGUUGUUGCUUCAGUUCAAUAUCGUGCCCUGUCAGAGAAGGCUAAUGAUGCUUUUUACAAACUAAGUAAUACAAAGAGCCAAAUCCAAGCCUAUGUUUUUGAUGUAAUUAGAGCAAGUGUUCCAAAACUCAACUUGGAUGACGCUUUUGAGCAGAAAAAUGACAUCGCUAAAGCCGUGGAGGAUGAGCUUGAGAAGGCUAUGUCAGCUUAUGGGUAUGAAAUUGUUCAAACUCUGAUUGUUGACAUUGAGCCAGAUGAGAAUGUGAAGCGGGCUAUGAAUGAAAUCAACGCUGCUGCAAGAUUGAGGGUGGCAGCUAAUGAGAAGGCAGAGGCAGAGAAGAUCUUGCAAAUAAAGAGAGCCGAGGGUGAGGCCGAGUCUAAGUAUCUCUCAGGGUUGGGUAUUGCUCGCCAACGUCAAGCAAUUGUGGAUGGUUUGAGGGAUAGUGUGCUGGGAUUCUCAGUUAAUGUACCUGGUACAACUGCUAAAGAUGUUCUUGACAUGGUCCUUGUCACUCAGUAUUUUGACACUAUGAAAGAAAUUGGUGCUGCCUCCAAGUCUUCUGCUGUUUUCAUUCCUCAUGGACCUGGUUCUGUUCGUGAUAUAGCUACCCAAAUUCGUGAUGGACUUUUUCCGGGUUCUCAUGAGUAGUACUAGUUUCUCCUCCACCUACCACUUGUAUGUAGUCUUCAUGAGAGUAUGA